AAGGAUCGCCAACGGAAGAAAAUUUCAACGAAACGAACAAAAAAAAUCAAUUAAGAAUUAAAUAGUCGCUAUAGAAUUCUAGAAAGGACGUGUAGGUCCUGCACAUUGUUAGCGCAGUAGAACAGAGAAAAAUUUUAAGUAAACAAAUAACAAAAUAAAAAUAAUACAUCGAAAAACGUGAACGAAAACACAAAUGCUGCCGUGGAGUUCAGAGCUUCCAUAGAGUAAAACUACAGCGAUAGAUAAGAGAAAAAAAAGCUGAACGAGUCAAAACGAGGACCAAAUUAUCCGACUAGGCCUGUAAUUCGAGUUAAAGUGUUUCGAUCCAAUGUAACGACGGAAAAAUUGAGGAAACCUUGUACAGAACCAGAAGAGAACUCAAUGAAAAAAUUUUAAUCAGAGGACGGUAAUUGGUAAGAAUUUAGAAAAAAAGAAAACGCAAAAGACAAAUAAUCCAAGAUAUUUCACAAAAGGAAAAAACAGGGUACCAUUGAUUAUUUUUUGGCAAUACGUAGACGAUGACUUCGGAAAAUUUCAAAUAAAAUGAAAAUCAGCGUUUCGAUGUGGAAAAAAUAAAUAAAUAAUCACUACUACACGCCGAGACAUUCGCGUCGCGAACAUCUUUAAUCCAAUUGUUCUCGUUCGCAAAAAUUAAAAUCGAAAUCCGCGAGAAAAACAGUAAAGAUCAAUAUUAAUAAAUAAAGUAAUCAUUUAAACAUAAAUCUAAGGGUAAUUAUCGGCAAAAAAGAAAAAAUUUCGAAUGGAGUUACAUCUGAAUUUGGAAGGCGGGACUGGCGAGACUUUGAACGAUACGAUGUGGCUUGAAAAUUCGUCUUCACCUACCUACCAGGAAAUGUCACCGAAUCAGGAAACGUCAGUACAACAAGCUGCCACCAUUCCACUUAACGGCUACCACAGUCCGGUACCCGGACAAGGUAUCAUGCAGAUAAAUUGGGAGGAUAAGAGCGAUUCGCAAAAUUAUUCACCGGGUCCAACCGCUACCGCAAUGCUUAUUCGCUCGACAAGCUCAUCCCCGCAGGAAUUUCAAAAUUCUUCUGUAAUAUCCACACCGAGAAAUGAAAACGAUAACAAAUCUCAACAACAAAGAGCGCAGUAUCAAAAUUCGCUCAAACGAAGACCCGGCGAAUCGAUUCAACAGAUUUCUGCUGCUGAUCAUGAAAGAAAAAUUGUGAAAAAAGAUGGUUCUUUGAGCAACGAUUCCGGUGGACAAGGAUGGUCGACGCAGGUCGAAGACCUCGCCGAACAUCUGGUUGCAGAUUUCGAUGGCUCAUUAUCCGCUUUGGCUGCUACAGAUUUGGCUACUGCAGUUGCUUCGUACAAUAUGAGCGAGGCUCUCCUGGCUCUCCCUUCGUUAACAGUCUUCAAACAGGAAGCACCAUCGCCCGACAACCAUCACGGUAACCAGAACUUGAAUCAUGUCUCUCAGAGAACCAUCAACAUUUCGUCCGGGGGAAAUGGAAGUUCCCAAAUUGUCGGUGUUAUGGAAGCUGACAGCAACAAUAACAACAACAAUCAAAACGUUUCGAAUCAGAACACGGCCAGCCUUCAUCAACUUUUGUAUCCCUCGGACAGUGAUUAUUCGACACAAUCAUCGGUUGCAAAUCACGUAUCUUCAUCUCAGCAGGUCAACGAAUGUAACGAAGAAUGCCGAUUUCAGUACGUUCUUGCUGCAGCUACCAGCAUAGCGACUAAAGUGAACGAAGAAACUUUGACUUAUCUUAAUCAAGGUCAAUCCUAUGAAAUCAAAUUGAAGAAGCUGGGUGACCUUUCAGCGUAUCGUGGAAAAUUGUUGAAGUCGUCGAUAAGAAUUUGUUUUCACGAACGUAGACUCCAGUACACGGAACGAGAACAAAUGAUCGCUUGGCAAAGAACAAGACCCGGUGAACGAUUGCUAGAAGUUGAUAUUCCCUUGAGCUACGGAACCGUCGAUGUUCGACAACCAUCGCCGUCGAGCAACGUCGUAGAAUUUAUGUGGGACCCCACCAAAGAGGUCGGCGUCUAUAUCAAGGUGAAUUGUAUCAGCACCGAAUUCACCCCAAAAAAACAUGGUGGUGAGAAAGGUGUUCCGUUUCGAAUUCAGGUGGAGACUAGGCUAGCAGGAGGUUCUCUGCUUCAUGCCGCAUCCUGCCAAGCCAAAGUCUUCAAACUAAAAGGAGCAGAUCGCAAGCACAAGCAAGAUCGAGAUAAGGUCCUUAGACGUCCGCCCCACGAACAAGACAAAUACCAACCCAGCUACGACUGCACCGUAUUAUCUGACAUUCCACUAGACUGUUUAUCGGCGCCUAAUCUUGUGGACGGGCAGAAUGAUGCAGGCAGUCCAUUUGCACCGAGCGACGCAAUAACACCUCAGAGCCGGGCAGUGAUGAGUGGAAGUUCAUCACCGGUUGCUGGACCACUUCCGCUUUCGGUAACUUCCUCCGUUGUUUUACCGGUCGUUUUAAAUCCGGAAACGGCAAAGGAGGCCAUAACUCCGCCCUCGUCAGUUUCAUCGCCGGUCACGGUUGUACCUGAACAAUCCUGCGCCAUCCUCAACGCUAUUACCGUACCAACUUCCCUUUCUCCGGACGCAAACACCGCACAAACGAGCAGCUGGUUACGAGCAGGUCGUUUCCACUCGUUCGAAUCAACCUUUUCAAGUUUUUCGGCGGCAGAUAUCCUUCGUUUAUCGAGAGACGAUUUGAUACAAAUUUGCGGUCUCGUUGACGGUAUCCGUCUGUUCAACGCCCUUCAUUCGAAGGCCCCAGCCCCCCGUUUGACACUCUACUUUUCGGCGGAGGGUAGCGGAUCGUUAUGGAGAGCAGUUUAUCUCGACAGUCUGACCAGCAACGCAUUGGGUGCAAAACUCUACGCAGCUCUUGGGGCCCUAGGACCUCCUCAGGAUCAACUACAUUCCGUUGUUCUUUUAGGGCCCCAAGGAAUCCACGUUUUAGUUACCGACGAGCUUGUCGCUAACAUGAAAGACGAAAGCAUGUACAUUAUAGAAGUAAUCAAAGAUGCGAAAAGUGAUCGUUAUAAAUUAAUCCUUAAACCUUCAACGCGUUGACGGGACGCUAGUUGGUUCGUUAAUUCAACCCUAACGAACCCGACGGAUUAAAACAAACAGGAACAAAGAACGAACAAACACGUAUCAGAAACUCGAUGUCAUAUAGGCAAACGGGAGUAAAAGAUGAUUGCAUCGAGACCAGGAUCACGUUUAAAUGAAGAAGAGAUGAUCAAAGAUUUCCAAAUGCAUGAAGCAGAAAAAAUACAAAACAAUAUCUCACACACAAUUACAACACCGGAAAUGGUGCUACAUCACAAUGGAUAUACGUCGAUUGUCAAAAUAGGUGGAUCUAUAGGACUAGGUUGUCAACGUUCUGAAGAAGGUUGAAGUUCAAGGAAUAAUCACAAAGUCAUCACUUUAAAAGCAAUGGAAGACAGAAAAUACUAGCAAGAAUCAUGUCUCUUCGUCGCGACCCUUUAUUUUACAAAGAAAACUAUUGUAUUCUAGCAUGCGAAUUUUCUUAGUAUUGGCAGCUUUGUUUUAUUUAAUAAUUAUUUUGUUUUUCUUUCGGGUUAAAAGAAAGAAAUUAUUCGAAGAAAUCAGAUAAAAAACGAUACUUCAAUGGUGGUAAGGAGCGGUAAUAGUUCCGCAAGAUUGAUAAUGAACUUUUCUUCUGUUGCCAGCAACCGAAAUGUUCGUGAUAAAAAUGAGAAGAGAAAACGUUGGGGAUGGCAAACGUAAACGUUUGAUUUACAAUUUCAAAGGCUAAUAUCUAGUUUGAAAAUCUAUAAUCUUUGAUGUAAACAAAUUGUAAUUUCUAGUAAGAAUAUUUUACCUGCAAAAUUUAUUAUUCUAGAUAUACCAGAUUAUACGCUUCAACUAUACGCGAAAUAUUUAUGAAAAAAAAAAACUAUUUUUUGAGCUUGAACAUAUUAUUCCAGCCUAACUAGGUAUGCAUAUCUUCCAGUUUACUUUACGGGUCAGAAAAUUUGACGCUGAUUUGGUGCUUUCUUUGCGUACACAUCAUGAUAAUAAGUAUACACAUGUAUAGUUAAUGUACGCAGAGGAUAAUAGGUAAUUAAAAUCUGGACUGUUUGUCUCGAUAAAAAAUAUUUUAAGGGAUGAAAGUUAUAACAGUGAAAAUCAACUUUAUUUCCGACUCAACCGUUGACCGUUUGACCUGAAAGGCGGGACUAAAGUUGUAUCUGAUUUCUUACGAUACUUUCCUCCCGCAUUUUACGAAGAAAAGUAAAUUUGCGGCACAAAAAGUGAAUUAGUGGAACGAAAAGUACUUUUACUCCCGCAAAUGCGGGACGAAAAGUGGUCUUUACAGUCGAGUCGGGAAUAAAGUCCUAUAUGCAGCGCAGAAAUAAAACUAAUCAUUCCCUCGGACUUACUGCUCUCCCGAAAAUUCCCUCGAGUGAAUACUAAACUCACCCUCAGGAAUUUUUCUCGGGCAGUACAAUCGUCCGCGGGAAUAAACAGCAGCUUUAUUCCCUUGUUGCAUAAUUGUACUAUUAUUACGUAAAUUGAGACUAUUCUUACUAAUUUUUUUUUCAUGUAGCAAAGAUUGAGAUUCCAGAAAGAGAUAUUCGCGUAGCAAUUGAAUAUAGAAAUAUAUAGAUGUAUAAAAUUACAAAAUGGUGCCUUAUACAAAGUAAAUCCAAUUAUACGUAUUACAUAGGGUAAGGUUGCUUAAGUCGUACCCCCUAAGGAAAUGAUAUUGUAAUAUUCACUACAAUUGAAAUAAAACAAAAUAUUCUGCA